AUGGUGCGUCCAUCUCAGAACAGGCAUUCAGCAGCAACAUCUACCGAACUGCCCACCCUACACUCCCCUCCAUCUAUCACACGAUCAAUCACUUCAUACUCCAUGCCUCGCCAAAAAGAUCCGCUAGUGUCGAGCUUUGGCAAUGCCACAGAUGCCACAAAUGACCAAAUCCGCGACUACCACCACCAAGUCAAAGCAACUCUCACAAACAUCCUCAAUGACGACCGAGUGAAGCACGAUCCUAGAGGAACCCGCUGUGUGCAGAAGAUACUGUUGGAAAAUGAGCAGGAUAUGCGGAAACAACGGAGACAUUCGCUUAGUACAUGUACAUGUGCUGCGAAGCGAACGAUGCCAUUUUGA